GCUUUUCAUGUCUCUUUGGUUGAGAGACCCGAAGCCACUGAAGCCUGUUGUGAAGCCGGUGAUCCAAUGAUGUUGGCCCAGAAGGCUUGGAGACGAGUUUGGCGCCACCUUGUGGUGUUCGUAUUGUGUGAACUCAUGACUCGCUGCCAAUCUCACAGCACAGGCUUUUCAAGGCAGCGGACUCUCUUUUUGGUUGGAAAAACUGGCUCUGGAAAGAGUGCAUCAGGAAACACCAUCUUGGGCCACUCUGUCUUUAGAGACGCCUCGGCUGAAUCGGUGACGAAAACCUGCGAGAGACGAGAGCGACUGGAAGGAGACGAGAACCUCGUGGUGGUCGACUCCCCGGGAAUAUUUGACACAGAUAAAACACAAGUACAAAUCAAAGAAAAGAUUGAGGAGUGUGUUGAGCUGUCAGUUCCUGGGCCUCAUGCGUUUCUGUUAGUGAUAAGCUUAAAGUCGAGAUUCACGAAAGAGGAAAAGGACACUGUGAAGUGGAUCCAGGAUAACUUUGGCUCUGCUGCUGCUGCGUACACCAUAGUCCUGUUCACUCAUGCUGAUUUGCUCAGAGGUAAAUCUGUUGAGGACUAUGUGGCAGAAAGCAAAGACCUACAAACUCUAAUACAGCAGUGUGGAGGAAGAUACCACUCGUUAAUCAAUGGGCAGAGUUCAGACAGAAAGCAGGUCACAGAACUUCUGGAUAAAAUAGAUGAGAUGGUUGAAAUAAAUGGGGGAGAGCAUUACACCAAUCGUAUGUACAGAAAAGCCCAGAGAGAACUGGAAGAGGAGGAAGAGUUAAGGGCAUGGUUCGAGGAAUACAAAAAAACAAAAAAGGCAGAGGGGCAUGGGUGUAAAUCUAAGUGUGAAGAAGAUAAACAGGAGGCAAGAAACCAGAAGGAGAGGAAGAAAAAACUUCAUUUAUGGUGUAGAGUAUUAAAAAUGUUUUCCAAAGGAAUGAAGUUUGUAAAAAAUAAGUACUUUACAGCAAUGGGAAAGGUUGUUGGUUUUGUCGUUGAAGACUGUGAACUUUUUGAGAAUGUGUUUCCUUAAAUCAGUGAGAAAUGUGACAAAAUGAACCGACAAAUCACAACCAUGAAUGGAUGAAUACACUGGUGACAAUGUCUAAAUAUCUUCUACAGAAAACAAAGACCCAGAAUCCAAUCUUUUGUCAAUCUCAGUUUAGGUUUUGUAUUUUGGUUCUCUGAUUCUUCAUAUUGUGAUUGUUUGGUUUUUAUUUUGGCAAUUGAAAUCUGAAAUCAUCAGCAUAACAAAGCUCUGCUCUUGUUUCCUGAUACAACUCAUGCACAGUUUACGCUUUCUGCAGACAUUUAUUUACAUUUAAUUUGUCCAACAGCAGGUCUGAAAAAUGUCUGUCGUAACAAAAACUGUUGUUUUAUUGAUGUUUUAUUUAAAUGUAUUACUUUUUCAUCUGAAAAGUCUAAUUGUAACCUUUUGCUGUUGCCUCUAUGAGUAAAACAGCGUCAACGUUAAACUUAUUUAUGAAGCACAUUUCCAACAGCUGGUGCUGCACAAGGUGCAAUUAAGGAUAAGUAAAAUACAUGACAAUUAUACAAUCACAGAUCAAAAGUUAAAAAUAUAGCAUUGCAUGUGUGAAAUUGAGAAUCAUGUCUGUUUAACAAUUUCCAAACCUCAAAAUUAAAACUAAAUCUGUAAGUGACCAACAAAAUGAAAAUAUGUCACUUUUAAUAACUGUAAUUAAGUGCAAAUAGUAAAAAUUGUGUAACUUCUCUUCAUAUUUAUGUCACUUUUCCAUUUAAACACCAUCAGAGGAUGAGGCCAUCAAGUGGUUUUAAUUUAACUUUCUGUUCAAAAUAAUUUUCUUGCAUAAAAAUGUCUCAAGAUUAAAACUGUAAAAUUUGUUUUACUUCAAUUUCCUUCUGUUUUGUUUGAAGGGUUUGUUUCUUCUACGUUUUAUAGGUUUAAUCAGAAAGUUGCAUGGGGCGGUUGCUUUGUUUUGAAAGCUUUGAAAGGAUUUGUCUAAUUUUGCUGGAUUUUGUGUAAUGCAAACCUCUGUUUGAAUAAACGCUUCUU